GCCUUCACAAAAGCGGGGUGCUGAUAAGACCGGGACACCUCACCUGGUCACGCUCCCCAACUCACGGCCUCUACCUCUAUAAGCAUAACAAAGGCUUUCUUCUCUUUCUUAUUUACAGCAGUAAGAAGAAGAGAGAGAGUGAAGAGUCGGAUCGGUAUCCAUCGCCCCUUCCUCUCCUUCCUUCUCUCUCUCCUUCCCCACUCCGCUCGCGGUGUCGUUGCGCAGCCUUUCCAGGCAAAAUGCAAGGAGCACUUCAAGCUAUCCGUGCACAAGGAAAUGUUCUCAAAUGUGCUGUUCUGCAGCAUAUGCGUAUCAUGAAUCCAGCCAUGUUACCUACUGCCUUUUCACGCUUUGAGUCAACUUCUGCUCAAUUGGAAGAGCACGGAUUUGAAAGCACCACAAUUUCAGAUGUUUUAAAAGCUAAGGGCAAGGGUGCUGAUGGGUCCUGGCUGUGGUGCACUACAGAUGAUACUGUGUAUGAUGCUGUGAAAGCGAUGACACAACACAAUGUUGGAGCUUUGGUGGUGGUAAAACCUGAAGCUGAUAAAGCAAUUGCUGGAAUUAUUACUGAGAGAGAUUAUCUCCGGAAAAUCAUUGUUCAGGGAAGAUCUUCAAAAUCAACUAAAGUUGGUGAUAUUAUGACUGAAGAGAACAAGCUGAUCACUGUGACUCCUGAUACCAAAGUUCUGCAAGCUAUGCAACUGAUGACAGAUAAUCGUGUCAGACACAUUCCAGUGAUUGAUGACAAGGGUAUGAUCGGCAUGGUCUCCAUUGGGGAUGUUGUUCGAGCUGUGGUGACUGAGCAUCGUGAGGAGCUGGACCGCCUCAAUGCUUUCAUACAUGGAGGUUACUAGAAUGAAUAAUUCUAGACUGUAAUAAAGUUCAAUGAUGUUGGCGAAAAGUGGGGAAAAUAACCAAGUUUAUCAAGAGACAGCAUGAGUUUUUCCAGUACUGGUUUUGCAUGUGUACGUAAGGGAUGUUUUCUUCUUGUGUGUGCUAUUCUCCUUCAGCCACGAAAUGGCAGGGUUGGUGUAUAAGAUACGUGGUCAGGACCAGGUAUCCGAUGAGUGGCUCCUUUGUUGUUUGCUCUGGCAUGUUGUUCAUAUUUUCUGUGCCCAAGCCUGGUCAAUGAUCAGAUCUACUCUGGAUUUAAUGUUCCUUUAAUGCUCAUGCAUGGUUUCAUAUACAAUAUAUUUGGAAAAGGAAACAAAGUUCUUGCA